CUAGCAGAGACGGAGAAACAGAUAACAGUUAUCUAGUUAGCGUCAUGAAAGUUUUUAUUUCACACGAUAACAAGCAAAACAAAUACAAUUUAUGGAGUAGAGAUCAGAUUAAAAUUGCACAAUUGUAAAACUGAGUUAAUAGCUAAUGGCAGAUGAUUUAUCAAAAUAUAAAUAAAGGUAAAAAAGGAUUUAACACUUUACUAAAUUGGGAAGAAAUAGAGAUAAAACAUCAAUAGAUAUGUGAUUUCAUGAAUCUGUGGAAUUUCUCCAACUCAAUACAUCAAGAUGAUAAGGUCAAUCAAAAUUGGAGAACUGUACAAAAAUUUGAAAAAUGGUAGAUAACAUUUGGUUGUUGUAUCAUCAAAUUCCUCACUAAAAUAAUAAAAUAAGGAAGUUGGACAAGUAGAUAUAGCUUUGGGAAGGCUGGUGUUAUGUCACGAAACUGUUGACUCUAAACAUUACAAUUUGCGCAGAAGACAGGAUAGGAAUAUUAUUACAUCAUAAACAUGGAAAGCACAUAAAAAAGCAAGUAAAUCAAACAAAAUAAAUAAAUUAUGAAUAAAAAAAAUGAAACAAAAAUAAAAACAAAGCUGAUGAAAUAGUGACGAAGUGGAUAAUAUUGUAAAAAUACAGCUGAAAUAGUGACAUAGAGACAGAAUGAAAAAGGAACAUAAAUAUUUUCACAAGUGGAUUUUUUAAUUCUCACAAUGGUGAUAUUUCUCGAUUUGUUUUUUCAUUUGAAAGAUUGGACAAUUUAUUGACGUAAUAAAGCAAGAUCGAAAGAAAGAUAAUUUCACCAUGAACACAACAACGAAUACCAUUCCAUCUUAUACGAAUGGAACGGAGACCCUAACAACGAAUCUAUCAAAUGACAAUGAAACAAUCUAUGUUCCGCAACAAGCUAAGUUCUCCACUGAGGUAACUGUGAUACUUAUUAUCAUGACGUCACUUAUGGCACUUUUGACCAUAUUUGGGAACAUAUUGGUGCUAACUGCAUUUACGCUCUAUAAAAAUUUGCGUACAUUUAAUAACUAUCUCGUGCUGAAUUUGGCGGUAGCUGAUCUAAUCUUAGGGGUCCUAUGUAUCCCUCUGUAUAUACCCUACCUCGUGACAGGGACGUGGCCAAUGGGGAGAAUCGCGUGUAAGAUAUGGUUGGUGUUCGAUUACUUAGUGGGCUGUGUCUCAUCCGUGAACAUCAUGUUAAUAUGUAUGGAUCGUUAUUACAGCAUAGCAUACCCUCUGAAACACCGCUUGGCGCAGGAUUCACAUAAAGUUAAACUGAUUUACAUCAUAACACCGUGGUUAGCGGGAUUCAUCACAUACAUGCCUGCUAUUGCAUUCUGGGAUAUGUGGGUUGGGAAUAGCGUCGUUCCAGAUGACCAAUGUUUCGUAGAAUUCUAUAACAACUUAGGUUACUUGUUAUUCAGUCAAGUGAUUGAAUUUUUCAUCCCAUUCACCACCGUGUGUAUCUUGUAUACCCUUAUGUUCAUCAGCAUUAGACGCACCACUAACGGGAACAUGUCCGUCAGGAGGCAUCGCACCGUCAACAACCCUAACUCUGAGAACUCCUACAACUCUGAGAGUCCGUACAAACGAAACAAUGCUAAUAAUAAAUACAACAAAGACACCAGACACAAUACUGAUGGACACAUUACGCAUGGACACUCUACAGAGGUAAGACACGCUACCAGAUUAAACAAUGUGGCAGGUGUCAAUGAGAGCAAAGAAUCCUUAAACUCUUAUACAUCUGUACUUACAAGAUCAACUUUAGUAGGGGAAGGUAAUGAUAUCAGGAACAGUCCAAUAAUUGGAAAGACUCACAAUGACAGGACUCAUAAUGACAAGACCCACAAUGACAAGACUCAUCAUGACAAGACUCAUCAUGACAGUAAUAAUCAAAACAACUUAUUCCCAAGCGCAACGAUAGUUAAAACUCCAAAAAUAGACAAAAUACGGGCAAAAUUUCUCGAUGACAAAAAAGCAGUGAUUUCUUUGAGUAUCCUAGUCGGUGUUUUCGGGAUAUGUUGGAUGCCAUAUGAGAUAGCAGCUUUGAUGAUUUCCCUCUGUCCAACCUGUGUACAUCCCACAGUCUUUGAAGUAGCUUUCUGGUUACUGUGGAUAAACUCAACCAUCAAUCCCUUGCUUUACCCAUUCUUUAACGCAAGGUUUAAACUUGCCUUUAAACGUAUGUUGUGUCCGAAGCUCAUUAAGCAGAAGGGAGUUAAUAAAAGAUCUGAUGUCUCAAAUAUGUUCAAUGGAACUCAUAGGGAAAUCCCCCACUUUGAAGACCAUGGGGCAGUAUUAGAAAAUGUUGUGAUAUUCCACACAGAGACACCUAUUUAUUAACAAUUUCUUCAAUAGACUGGAAUUCAAAUUGGAAAUUAGAUUUUAAUUAAAUGUGUUUAAUGGACAAUGUAUUCAGCAUUAGAGAAAAUAUGUAUAAUUUUUUUUGUGGUGAAACUGUUAAAAAAAUGUAAACAUAAAAUGGUAAUAUAAUGGUGGGCUUAAAUGGUGAAAAUGACAACAAAAUGCAAAUUUCUCUAAAACAAGGCGAAAGUAUGAGCCAUAACCAAUGGUAUAAAUUGUUUUUAUGAUACCAUGGACC